AUGAAAUUGACGGGUCUCGAUGACGAACAACGAAGUCGACGAAUCUUGGAAAAGGCACGUAAUGAGGAGGAUGAAUAUGAUUCGAAAAAUCAACGUCAACAAAUGGAAUCAUAUUAUGCCACUGCACAUCGGAUUAAAGAAAAAAUAGUGAAGCAACAUAGCACACUUGGAGCUUCUGAUCCGAACUUGCAAUUGAAACCAUAUCAGGUUGCUUUAAUCACUUACUUGAUGGAAGUUAAGAAAGUUAAUGGACCUUAUUUAAUAAUUGUUCCCCUCUCAACUAUUUCAAAUUGGAAAAUUGAAUUGGAUAAAUGGUCACCGCAUGUUGUGAAAAUUAUUUAUAAAGGAGAUAAAGACCAACGAAAGAGAUUGGAACCGUAA